AUGAUCACUAAGGAUGAAAUUAUGGAUGAAAUCAAGGAUGAAAUGAAAGAGGAAGACAAAAAAUUUAUCUCAUUCUUGGUCGGCGAGGAAUAUGAAAGAGAAAGAAGUGAACGAAUUCAACAAAACAUGGCUCUCUUGGCAAAACUAGGAUUAGAUCAAGAAUCCUUGAAACAAUUGAAACCUCAAAAACAAAAAAUCAAGAAGGAACUUCAGUCACCCACCACCGAAGAAACACCAUCACCAAGUAGACAUUUGCCAACACGUAGAAGUAAAAGAAUUCAACAAUUAGCUCCACGAUAUGAUUUACGCGUUAAAAAUGGUACGGCAAGUAGAUAUCGCACUUACACGCGAAAGAGAAAAUAUCAAAGUAAAAAGAACUCAACAGGACGAAAUAAUCAAGGACGUCGUAUUUAUGGAGGUAGAAUUUACGAUUCUGAACUCGGAACCACGUGCCAUCAAUGUCGUCAAAAGACUGUAGAAGACAAAGUUCAAUGCACGAACGCUCUUGCAGAUGGUUCUCUUUGUAAAGUUAUGAUGGACGAACGUUGUCUCAUUGGACGAUAUGGUGAAACCUUGGAAGAAGCUCGUGAGUCGGGUGAAUGGAGUUGCCCAAAAUGUCGUGGUGUAUGCAAUUGCUCAUUUUGUCGCAGAAAGAAGGGUCUUCCUGCCACGGGUAUAUUAAAAUAUCAUGCUCUUGCUAAUGGAUAUAAUUCCGUUAUGGAUUAUUUGGGUGAUAAUAAAAAGAUUAAACGUAGAUCUUAA